AUGCCUCAAAGCAAGUCGGAGCGCCCCCAGAAACACGCAAAACCUGAGCAAACGUCGCGGAAGGCGUAUAAAUUUUUGAAUGCAAUCGAUGUCAGACGUGCUCGGCCCGGGAGUCCAGAAUCAAGACCAGAAUCCCCAAAUGGAAGUCCCGCAGCCCUAUCUGCAUUGCGCUCAACUCUGUCUGUCAAGUCAGAGGAAAUUAUUGCUCCUCAAGAUGAGAGAAUCGCGCUUGAGUGGAUGGAGAGUUCGCCAGGUGCUCAUGACACCUUUGAGAUAUGGGAGGUCGUCCAGUCUAUCGCUCCUUGUGUCUCUGUUAUUCUCGGAUUUUACUCUACUAUGCGUAAAAUCACAUCUUUCGCAUUUGGCUCCAAUGAGCUUCAAGUCAUUCUCGUUUCAUUGAAACUGUUCAAUACUAUCUCUCACUUUGGAGGUGGGAGGGAGCGGAAGGCACUUUGUGAAGCGUUUCCAUGGGACAUGAAGACUUUCGUAAAAUUAUCGCAUGAGGAGGAAAGGGAAAGGAGACGCAGAGGACGUUUGCAAGACCUGAUAUCCACACUUAAUACGUCUUUUUUAUUCUCUCCUUCAUUAACUCUAAAACUUCCUCGCUGGUGA